GCUGCCGCCAGCCGCGGACUGAAUGAAUGAGCCGGAGCGGCGGAGCCGGGCGGCCCGCGGCCGCACUCACCGGCCCGGGACGCUUCCGCAUGGCCCGCGAGGAACCGGCGCCCGCGGCGGUGGCGGCGGCCGGGCAGCCCGGGGGCGGCCGGGGUGGCGAGCGCGAGCGGGCGCUGCAGGGGUCGGGGGGCGCCCGCAGGGGGCGGCCGUCGCUGAGCCGCGCUAAACUGCACGGGCUGCGGCACAUGUGCGCGGGGCGCGCGGCGCCCGGGGGCUCCUUCCAGCGGCGGGCGCUCUGGGUGCUGGCCUUCUGCACGUCCCUCGGCUUGCUGCUGUCCUGGUCCUCGAACCGCCUGCUCUACUGGCUCAGCUUCCCGUCGCACACGCGUGUGCACCGCGAGUGGAGCCGCCAGCUGCCCUUCCCCGCCGUCACCGUGUGCAACAACAACCCGCUGCGCUUCCCGCGCCUCUCCAAGGGGGACCUCUACUACGCCGGCCACUGGCUCGGGCUGCUGCUGCCCAACCGCACGGCGCGCCCGCUGGUCAGCGAGCUGCUGCGGGGGGACGAGCCGCGCCGCCAGUGGUUCCGCAAGCUGGCCGACUUCCGCCUCUUCCUGCCUCCCCGCCACUUCGAGGGCAUCAGCGCCGCCUUCAUGGACCGCCUGGGCCACCAGCUCGAGGACAUGCUGCUCUCCUGCAAGUACCGCGGCGAGCUCUGCGGCCCGCACAACUUCUCCUCCGUGUUUACAAAAUAUGGGAAGUGUUACAUGUUUAACUCAGGCGAGGAUGGCAAGCCUCUGCUCACCACGGUCAAGGGGGGGACAGGCAACGGGCUGGAGAUUAUGCUGGACAUUCAGCAGGAUGAGUACCUGCCCAUCUGGGGCGAGACAGAGGAAACGACGUUUGAAGCAGGCGUGAAGGUUCAGAUCCACAGUCAGUCUGAGCCGCCUUUCAUCCAAGAGCUGGGCUUUGGUGUGGCACCAGGGUUCCAGACUUUCGUGGCCACACAGGAGCAGAGGCUCACAUACCUGCCCCCGCCGUGGGGCGAGUGCCGGUCCUCCGAGAUGGGGCUCGACUUCUUCCCUGUUUACAGCAUCACCGCCUGUAGGAUCGACUGUGAGACCCGCUACAUCGUGGAGAACUGCAACUGUCGAAUGGUCCACAUGCCAGGGGAUGCCCCUUUCUGUACUCCUGAGCAGCACAAGGAGUGUGCAGAGCCUGCCCUAGGUCUGCUGGCAGAAAAGGACAGUAAUUACUGUCUCUGCAGGACCCCCUGCAACCUGACCCGCUACAACAAAGAGCUCUCCAUGGUGAAGAUCCCCAGCAAGACAUCAGCCAAGUACCUCGAGAAGAAAUUUAACAAAUCAGAAAAAUAUAUCUCAGAAAACAUCCUCGUUCUGGAUAUAUUUUUUGAAGCUCUCAAUUAUGAGACCAUCGAACAGAAGAAGGCAUAUGAAGUUGCUGCCUUACUUGGUGAUAUUGGUGGUCAGAUGGGAUUGUUCAUUGGUGCUAGUAUCCUUACAAUACUAGAGCUCUUUGAUUAUAUUUAUGAGCUGAUCAAAGAGAAGCUAUUAGACCUGCUUGGCAAAGAAGAGGAGGAAGGGAGCCACGAUGAGAAUGUGAGCACUUGUGACACGAUGCCAAACCACUCCGAAACCAUCAGCCACACUGUGAACGUGCCCCUGCAGACGGCCCUGGGGACCUUGGAGGAGAUUGCUUGCUGACGGCCCUCGGACCACCCGGCACCACCACCCCCCAUCCCCAAACGGACCUGGCCCGGGACCAGGACAGGGGACCGCAGGCUCAGGUGGGAUGGCCCCUGCCCACCGACGGAAAGAAGCAAGAGCCCCCUAUGCACACAUAGCAAACUCUGCUGAAACCUCGCUCCGGCCACGUCUGGCACGACGCGUCCUCGGGCCCCGCCGCCGCGCGUCCGACCCUCUUAGGAGAAGUGAGUCCCGCCCUGAAACUGUCUGAGAACCGACCCGCCAUCACAUCUCACUGCCAGAUGUACAAAGCACUGCAUGCUCCGACCCUCACGGCGCCGCGUCCGCGUCUUUCUCCGUCCGCGACCCUCGCCGUGCGGUUUCCAGCAGCCCUGCAGGGGGACCGGGUUCCAGCGCCGAAGUGCACCACCACGAGGCCGCCCUGGAAUCACACCUGCACACUCCAGAGGGAACCCGCCGAGCCCUGGACGCCGUCCGGUCCUCCUGUCGUUCGUGAAGGUUCUUAACCUGCCCACCCACCCCGCCCUCCGCCUCCCCAGGCCGGCCCACAGGGUGCCCGGGGCCGCCCUCCUCCCCUCCCAGGGGCCCGAGACGGAGGUGCGGCGGCCGGGGGGACACAGCCGCGGGGCCCACGCCGUCGGCUCUCCCUGUGACACGGAUUGUACAGUCUGAUUCUGUCUCUUCGCGGUGGGGGGAACUUUUUGUUUGUUGAUUUGUUUGUUUGUUUGUCGGAGAUAUGUUUCCUUUCGUUUUCUGAAUCUGGGUUUUGAUGUUCCGAGCUUUGGUUUGGUUUUUCCAUUUUCUCUGGCGUUUAUUUAUUCGUGCUUCCAAUCACGGUCAUAUUAAAAGCUGGUC